CGCGAUUAAACUAUGUGACGUAAACCCAGCAAUACCAUUGGAACUGACGAACCACAAUAUUGUAAUUGCACGUUAUUAAUUAAUAAUUGUUUCUAAAUUCCCCAUGUUCUCGACGCUGUAGUUGUUGCGUACACGUCAUUAAAUUAUUUCUAAUUUCAUCAUCAAUAUUCACACCAUUAUUAUUGUUUUGAUGUAAUUCCGGGACAGAAACGUUUGUCGAGUUUUCGCGUCGGGUGUUUAUCGAGUUUCCUCUUGCCGUACAGUCACGAUGUCCGUUCGCGCCUCGAACCGUCUCGUCGUCGACGCACGGCAGCCACGAGUCGUUUUCGUUUAUACCUGGUACGGCGACGCGUAGGAACGGUACCGCCUCGCUUACUGGUGCCUAUCCACAGUACUACAUUCGAAUAGCCACCGCGUAAGAGGGUGAGAAACCUUGACUGCAGUGCAGACGAAGACGCCGAGGAUUGUUCACCGUAAAAAGCACAAAAUAAUAAAAAUGAUCACGGUGGCUGUUUGAAAAACUUCGGAUUCCAUGCCAGAUAUUAUCAUUAUUCCGUUGUGGCUGAAAAUAUGGUGAAAAUAUACAGUGAAAUACAGUGAAAUUAUAAUGUGUUAGAAACGAGUACCUCUAUAAGUUACAAGAUUGUUUGAUCACUGCAGCUAUCAGCAUCAUGGAUUAUGUUGCUGCUAUUGACAUAGGUACUUCUAAUUUGAAAUGCCAAAUUUUUUCAUCAGACUUUCAUGUCAUGGGAUCUUCCAUACAGAAAGUUAAUAUAUUAAAACCUUUUCAAGGAUGGGAAGAAAUCAAUCCAAAUGAACUUCAAAGUGGUGUGAAACAAGUUUUACAAAAUGCAUUAAAAGAUGCUGAUCUCAAAUCCAAUAACAUAAAAAGUAUAGGUUUAUCAACACAACGUAACACAUUUAUUACUUGGAACAAAACAACUGGUGAACCUUAUCAUAAUUUUAUCACGUGGGGUGAUGCACGUUCAAAUAUAAUUGUAAAACAAUUAAACAAAUCAUUAACUUUUAAAGUAGUAAAAUAUAUUUCAAAAAUAUUGUACUUAAUAUUUGCUAAGAAACAAUUUAAAAUUGCUAAGUCCUUCACCUUUUCAAAUGUUCAAAUUUUACCUAAACUCUUAUGGCUGUUGCAAAAUAAUCGAAAAUUCAGACAAGAUAUGAAAAAUGAUAAUGUACAAUUUGGUACUUUAGACACUUGGUUAUUGUAUCAAGCUAGCAACCGUAAAAUGCAUAUAACUGAUAUUUCAUGCGCUAGUGCUACAGGUUUAUUCAAUUUAUUCACUAUGUCUUGGAUGCCUAAUUUUAUGUUUCAAUAUUUUGGGAUUACAUGUACUAUACUUCCAAGUGUUUGCAAUUCAAAUUUAUCUACCUUUCUUGUUGAGAACAAUGUAACUUGCAAAAUCUCAAAUAUUACAAUUGCAUGUUCAGUUGCUGACCAAUCAGCUUCUCUAUAUGGAACUGGUUCUUUUUCGAAAUACACAGCCAAAGUAACUAUGGGAACAGGAAUGUUUCUUGAUAUUAAUUGUGGUGCGUCACCGGAAGUAUGUUUAGGCUAUUUUCCAUUGGUGGGUUGGGCAUUUAAUGAAGAUAUUUGUUUCUCAUUAGAAGCUGUUGAUUAUAACAGUGGAUCAUUAAUUCAACUUGGAAAAUCGAUUGGUGGUUUUAAUAAUUCAAAAGAAUUAAAUAUGUUAAAACAAGGAAAUGCAUGUUUAACAAACAAUGUAUUGUUUGUAUUACCUGAGUUUGAACCUUCUAAAUCAAUGAGGAAAGAUUAUAGUUUUAUUGGUGUUACAUCAUCUACUACCAAAUCAGAUUUGACUAUGUCUAUAUUAGAAUCUUUUGCAUUUAGAAUUAAAAAAAUACUAGAUAAUUAUCACAAUGAAAUGCCACAAAUGGUAUUAAAUACAUUAUGGGUUGAUGGUGGUGUAUCUCGAAAUGAUUAUAUUUGUCAAACAAUUGCCAAUGUUACUUCAACUACAGUUAUCAGAAUGAAGAACAAUAAUCGAACAGAAGUAUCUUGUUUAGGUGCAGCUUUUAUGGCUGGUUUGUCAUCAGGGGUAUGGAAAAAUAAAAAUGAGUUGGAAAAUUUCAGAAGUAAAAGUGAUCAAAAAUUUAUUCCAAAUAAUAAUGAUUCCUUUAUUAAUGAAUAUAAAUAUAUUCGAUGGUUGUAUAAUCAAAAAUGUCUGUAUUAA